UUUUAGGUGCCUCACCCUGUAUUUGCGUUUUAUUGUAAUAAUAUUAAUUUUAAUGUGAUAACAAUGUUUUUUUGAAAAGCUUUAUAUUUCUAUUUAAAAUGGAUUAAGUCAUAUAUGACAUGUAUGACUUUGCAUAAUUUUAUACUUAAAUCUUUAAUUUAAUAUUUAGAAUUAUCUAUAUAUAUAAUUAUAAUUGGAGAAAUAUUUUUCGCGAAUAUAUAAAGCAUUUAGUCCUUUCGAGCUGUACAGAUUCACAUAAAUUUUAAAUGAGCUUUCCUCGUUUUAAACAAAAGCGAAAAAAGCUUUAAUUAAGAAAAUAUAAAUUUCUUUAUUGAAUGUGAAGAAUUCUGGUAUUCUUAUUUAAAGUAUUCUAACUUGUUUUAUUUCACGUUUAAAGAGUUUUAAAACUUCUAUUUGAAAUGUUUGAAUCUAUUUUCUAACAUUCACACUUUUAUUAUAUUUAUAUAUUAUAUGUAUAUUGUUAAUAUAUGUACCGUUUGCUUCGUAUAUGUAGAACAUUGAAAAUAUUCUCAUACGAUAAAAUUUUCUUGGACAAAACGAAAAUGUUCUUCACUUAAAAAGUUUUGGAAAGCUGAGGAAAUGACCUUAGCAAUCAAUCCUUUGCGGAGGGAUGUAUAUGUUUGAUCUAAAUCUUUAUAAAAUUAAAGUAAGUUUCGUGAAAGAGAAAAAAGGGAAAACGGGAGAAGAAACUGAGAUAUAAAGAUUAGUCAGAUAUUCUCGGGAAUAUAAUUGUGCAAUUGUGCAAAACAGCGAACCGAACGCUCUGGUAAGAUAUUUUAGGAUUACACCACGCACGAGGUAUUAGUAGCCGUGUUUAACCUCCUUGCUACUGCAGAUAUUCGUCUAAUAUUUGUUGACGAAAGAGAAAGCGAGACUUGUGUUUGAUAUGAUAUUUCGUAAGAAAAUCAUGUCCUGACAAGAUAUAAUUCGCUGCCAUUUGUGAAAAAUCACACAACUUGUUAAAGUAUCAGCUUAUUCUUCCAACUAUCUGUAAUCCAGUUUGAAAAACCACGCAUUGGUUCUUUCUAAAAUUGUAUUAUUUAUUUCAAAAAAUGAUAAAAAGAUGUAUCCGUACGGAUCAAUUGUGUAAAUCCGGAACACAUCCACGAAUGGUAGCCAGUUCAUAUCACGUAUGUGCAAACCACGUGUAUGGAACACACACAUGUUUGGAUUUAUAUUUUCGCUACUAAAUGGAACCCUCCUUUGGACUAGGUAAUGACAGUGGGCGAAUAGAACUGGCAAAAAACCGAAUUAUUAUAAUUAUAAUAAUUUAAUUGUAUCAGACUAAGAAUAUCGAUGGGGUAUAAGAUAUAUCAUCGAUAUAUCGGGGUCUUUCGAUAGCGGGAAGUUAUCAGACAAAACGAGUAAGCGUAAUUCGUUCUUCAAUCUCGUUCUCUCGCCCGCUGUGCGAUUUACGUCUCGUUUCGUUACGAAUCUGUGAGUAGACGCGCUGUCUAGAGUACGUAUUUCGUGAGUAACGAGAAGGUUAGCGGCGCUAGAUCCUAAGGCAAUGAUAUCUGUCGCGAUAUCUAUCUGUGUAUCGAUUAGCUGUGUACUAGCGGUGAUGUACUACUCGCGCGAACGUAGUUUCCGUUUUACGAGUCAGCUCGGCCGCCCGUGAUUGCACGUGGAGGGAAAUUGGAGCACAAUCGGACACAAUUCACACGUUUCUGCAACGAGACUAAGUACACGAGAUAUUCUGAAAGAGAAAUUUAAGAGAACAAGAUAGAUCGAAGAAGUGUAGUAAUUAGAACACACAAUACAAGAAGCCUUAUCUGUAAUGAUGUAUGACAAUGAUAUAUUCCUAUUCCAGUACAUAGACACAAUACAUAUCCCAAAAUUAAGUUUUACAUAGAUAACGGGCAAUCUUAUUAAAUUUUUAUUCUACUUUUUAUUGUCUUUGAAGGAAUACGCUCAAUGCUUAAAUCCAUUAUUCAACCAUCUUUAUUUAUUUUCGUCAAUAAUUAUAUUAACUUUAUAGAUAAAGUUUUUUAUUUAUUUGUUAAAUAAAUACAGAAAGCGUUAAAUUUUUUAUAUUUUGCUGAUGAAUAACUCGUACAUAUUUAGCAAAAUAUUGCUAAAUAUCAUUGAAGCUCGUUAUCUAGGAAUUCUUGAAUUCCCGAAAUUCGUUUAGCAAUAUAUUUAACAAUGCAUAGACACAAGGCUAACAGAUAUACAAGAUAAUCUUAACAAAACAAAAAACAACGAUUUCCUUAAAUUCGCGUCUGAUUGUGCCUCACCUUUUCUUACCGCUCCAACGUUUAUGUGAAACGAAUAUGAACAGUUAAUUCGUCGUUGUUUAAAGACGGUCACUCGACGGCACGUGGGUAGCGGAAAAUCCGCGUCUGUUCUACGUGAUCGCCGGCGCGACCUACGUGUAUCUACCAAGCUGGGGUUCCAUGCAGAUGGAAUUGAUAGACAAGACAUUGCCGCACGCAGAGUUUCGAUUCUCGGACAUGCGAAACGAUAUUGGAUUGUUCAGGGUGACUAUUUAUUGCCGUGUAUAUAAUUCUGUGUCGAUAAUAAAGUGAGCAAACCUUGUAACCACCGCGCGCGGCCAUUUACUGUCAUUCGUGACCCCUUUUACAGCUGAAGAGACCCCUUUACAGAAACGCAUACGUCCAAUACGUCGUGAUUCCCCCGAGAUAUCUUACGGAUAUAUACGAGGUCUAUAUGGAGGACUGCGUCGUAGCUGGAUGGGGUCGGCACAUACCUGGUUCAAAUGAAGGAAGUGGUACGUAUUUACGACACGUUCGGAUUCCGUUAAUUUCACCCGACAAAUGCCUUAUGCCGAAUGUGCAUGAGAAGAAACAAUUAUGCGCCGGUUUACCAGAGGGUGGUCGCGAUGCUUGUCAGGGUGACAGUGGUGGACCAUUGCUAUGUAAUGGAAUGCAAGUUGGCAUUGUCUCUUGGGGAGAAGGAUGCGCUCGUCCUAAUUCGCCGGGUGUUUACUCUCGAGUCGAUUAUUACUUGCAAUGGUUGAACGAGACCAUUGUUCGAAAUGGAGCUUCAAGAUAUUUGCUCCAACGCACAAUAAUUAGUAAUACGGCGGUUAUAUUUAUGUUUUAUUGGACAUACUGGUCAAUAAUAUAGUAAUAUAGUUACUGUACGUCCAUGAAAGCUAUCAAAUAAGAAAUUAGUUAUUUAUAAUA